GAAACAGCGGAGGUCACAAGUUCGUUGUCAUGCAUGCCGUAAGAGGUCAUGCCAUGACAGCCCACCGGCCAGUCUCUCCUCGCUUGCUUCUUCCAUUCGCUUAUUUCGAGAAGCUAUUGGAGCUUGCUAUCGGUUCAAUACUGUCAGCCUCCCACUCCCAGCAGAGUGUUCGCAGGCUGACAUGAAAGUCUGUUUGAAGAAGGAAGAUGGUUUUAGGAGGCCGAACCCUCGCUGGAGUCAGGCGUAUCAUGGACUGAGAUAAAUGAACCAAGCAAGCAAGUGUGUUUCUGUGGGUAUGGCGUGCCGCGCGCUCGACAGUAGUGACGCGUCCAUCGCGAGCGUCGGCCCCAUGACCCGAGCGAGCAACUAACGCAGGCAGCAGCGCAAAUGCUUUACGCCAGUCCAAAUAAAUGUCAAUGACCACUAGUAGCUUCCAAUAAGGUGUAUUCUUGUCUAAACCUAUACGAUUUGACGCUGGUUGUCGCGUGUAUGUAUGCCAGCUUACUUGCCACAGCCACGCCGCUGCCUGCAGGGCUUGAUAACUUAGAGACUUGCUAACUACAAUAAGCUGCGCGGCUCAGCCUGACUACUGGCGUUCUGUCGCGACCGCGCCACCGCCUCGCCCUCGCGACGGCCCUCAACUUGUGCACAAAAAUGAUGUAUGAAUACAACAUGAUAGAUCAAGCAUAUCUUGAACGCAGCACUUGCUGGUUUCUAUGAGCGCACUAGUUUCCUUCGCGUAACGUAAGGUAGAACGAAAUGGCUGGAGAAACGAGUGUCGCCGGCGGCUCCAGUUACGCGGGAUCGGGCGCGUCAUCUGCAUCGUCAGCGCGCCAACACCGGACUGAUAAGGACCAGCAGCAGGAUGGGCACGGCGCGGACAUCCUGGACCGGCAUUCAUCGCUUGAGAACGGCAUCUUUGGUGUGCUGUUCACGUUAAGCAAGGAGAACAGCGAGACGCGCAUCCGCAUCCGCUGGGUGCUUCUGAAGAUCCUGCUGGAUGGCUGGCAGCUGUUCGCCACCGUCAUCCAGCCCGCAAAGCAGGGCUGGGACAUCGACCCAAACGGCGCGGCCUGGUCGGUGAUUGGUGUGCUCAACUUCACGUGGCUCGGCGACCUGAGCUACAGCGCCUACCUGGCCCUGCUAUAUGCCGCGGUGGCGCUGCUGGUGAUGAACAUCGGGCUGUGCGUGUGGGUGGCCUGGUGCUUCAAGGAGCAGAAGUUCCCGGUAGUGUGGCCGAUCAAGGUGCUCCGCGUGUUCAGCUCCGUCUUCUUCCAGGCCUUCGAUGUGGCAUCCCUGAACCUGCUGCAGCUCGGAUUCAGCUGCAACUUCACCGGACCCAUGCCGCACAUGUACAUGGACCUGUUCCCUGCGUACAGCUGUGCGUCUUCCCCUCAUGUCAUCCACGCCGUGGUCUCCGCCAUUCUCCUCCUCCUUUUCGUGGCUAUUGCCAUGUUACUUAACAUGGCGGAGGUUGAGGUGAAUCCCCUGAGCCGUCGGCCCAUGGCUCUGGGCCACAGCGGCGCGGAGGUGAUGGCGUUCGCGAUCAAGGCGCUGCUGACCCUGGUGGACGUGUUCCUGGGCUGGCGCAAGGUGGCGGCGUGCGCCUACCUGGCUCUGUCGCUGGCGCUGGCGUGGCAGUGCUUGCGAUGGAACCCCAACCUGGUGGCAUGGGUGAACUACCUCAAGUCGGGCGUGUCGACCUCAAUUGUGUGGUGCUGCAUCACGUUGAUGCUACUGGUGUUUGCUCCGGGCGUCAAGCAGUCGGAGCUGAGCAGCUGGUCCAGCGCCAUGACCAUCACCAUGCUGGCGGGCCUGGCGCCGGCGUUUGGUGUGGGGGCGGCCAUGUCCUGGUUCUUCAUCCGCAAGAUGACCACCACCGCGCUGCAGGCCAUGGCGAACGCCAAGCCCGAUGUGCCGCUGCAAGAUAUUUGUGACAACCUGGAUGACCCCCGGGACGUAGAGAUCGUGGCUCGCUGUGCGCGUGUGUGGCGCGACCGCUACACACUGGCACCCGAAGCAGUGCAGAAGGCGCACAACAUCAUCAAGGCCGGCCUGGCCAUGUUCCCCGGCAGCGCCUACAUGGUGUUGCUGCAUGCCGACUUCAUGAUCGAUGUGCUGGGGGUCAGCCAGAGCGGCGCGCGACGCAUUGAGGACGCCCGCAAGCUCAGCCCCAGCCUUAUUGUUCGGUUCAUGAUGUUUGUGCGACAGCAGCAGGCCACGCAAAAAGCUGCGGGCAGUCACGCCAACGACGGCGCAAGCAUGGACCUGCUUGGCUAUGUGGAGUACCAGCGCAAGCAGCGCAUGGUGGUGCGGCUCCACCGCGAGGCGCUGCAGGCCAUGUGCAACUUCUGGAAAGCGCUGGACGCGUCACGCGUGUCUUUUACCCACCUCAGCAAGGCCCUGGGCAAGAUUGAGAGCUCCGUCUCGCAGGCCCAGGCCGCGUACCGCGUCGUGCUGGAGAGCUACGGAACCAAUCCUAAGCUCAUCCGGCUGUACGGCAAGUUUCUGGAGAAGAUUAAGAACGACCCGUGGGGCGCAGCUGAGUACUUCGCAGAGGCCGAUCGCCUGGAGGAGGUCAAGAACGGAGACGCACGCGGCCCGUUGCUGCCAGACGGGACGCCACUGGGCCGAAUGGACGAGAUGGCUGCGGCUGUGCUGGUCAUCAACGCGACUGGCGAGAUCCAGAUGGCCAACAAGCAGACCCACAUCCUGUUCGGACACAAGCGCGGCACGCUCGAGGCCAAGCCCCUGGCGAUGCUGCUGGCGCCGCAUUGCGCGCGGCGCAUGGCGGACGAGCUGGCGCGCAUGGUCGCGAGCACCAGCGUCACUGCCCUGGUGAACGGAGGCCAGUCUGACAACGGCAAGACCGCAGAGGCCGCCAGCCAUGACGGCCCGGAUCUGGUUGUCGUGGCCAUGCACUUCGACCGUGUGGCGUUCUCAGUCAACCUCUCCCUGCGCAAGGCUUCAGGCGUUGGCGAGGACUCCACCUUCAUCGCGCUGCUGGAGCCGACCCCGCCUGUGCCCAACAUGGCCAGGAUGUGGGUGUCUCCCAACGGCAUCGUGGCGGCGGUGGACCACCUGUUCGUGGCCAACUUCGGCUGGAGGGCCACCGAGGUCAACGGUUCCAACCUGACCGCACUCAUGAUGGUGCAGGCCACGGACUCCAUGGCGGUUGGCGGCAACAAUAACGAUGCUGAUGCCGAGGUGGAGACUCCAAAAAUUGUGGUGACAGAAAGCGCCAGUGAUACCAUUAAGAGGCUUGUCAAAUUCGCCAAGGUCGGCGAAGGAGCAAACAUUGACAGCUUUGCAGGCCUACACUGCUUGUUGGCCCAUAAGUACGACAGCCAACCGGUCCCCUGCACCGUCACGAUGGUCGAGAACCUCUCUGCUGACAUCUCGGUCCACGAGCUGCGGCUGCAGCUGUCGUCCGACGACCCGGCCCAGCUGCUGGUGGUGAACCGCAAGGGCGUCAUCCUGCACGCCUCGACGGGGGUGGCCAGCGCGCUCAAGGACUCCGUGGCCGUUGGUGGGGCCACCAGCUCAGGACCGCGCUUCGGCGGCGUGACUGGGCAUGUAGGGCACCUGGGUGAUGGCACACGUGCGCAUCACACCAUCCAAAACAGCGGCACCGGGAUUGUGUUUGGCGCUGACCUGCUGACUGGCUUCACGCUGUACGAUUUCCUGCCGGCGCCGUGGAAGGACAUGCACGUGCGCUUCCUCAAGGACAUCACCUCCUCCUCGCCGCCCACACGCUCCCUGUGGUCGUGCCGCAAGGCCGCGCCGCAACCCACCCUGGAGCUCCGCACCAUGACCGGGCGCCCGCUGUACAUGCAUGUCUCCAUCACCAGUGGCGACCUGAACGGCGAGUCCACCCACGUCAUUGGCCUGCAGAGGUCCUCGCUGGACACCGCCCUUUCUGAGCGCCGCGUGCGCCUGACGGUGUCGGAUGACGGCCUUGUGUCCGCCACCAGCCAGGGCCUUGCCCUGCAGAUGCUCAGUCUGGAGCCCAGCCGGCUGGUCGGUCGCGGCUUGUGGGAGCUCGUGUCAGGGCAACAGCCUGACGCUCUGGAGGUGGCGGCACGUGCAACCACACCGGGGGGCCCACGCAUGCUUGGCGCGCUUAUUGGCAGGGCUCUUGCCAGCCCUGGCGCCAGCUGGCGUGUGGACGUGUCGAACCCGCUGCCUCGCAACAUGGGCGGCCAACAGUCCACAAAUGCCCGCGCAAAGCCAGCCGUGAUGCAGGUCCACGUGGAGCCGCCGUCUGACGAGGAGGCAGCUGCUGGCCAGGGCAACCACGUGUAUGUGGACCUGUGGCCCGUGCACGCCGUGAGCGGUGUGCUGCAGCUGGACGCGACGGGCCGCAUCACGUCGGUGCUGGAGGAGCACACGCGCCCCGCGGGCCUGCUGUUUGGGCUGCACCACGACGCCCUGAUUGGCGAGGCGCUCGACAGCCUGGUCACCAUGCCGCCGGGCCGCACCUCGGCGGCUGAGCUGCUGAGUCUGCACGGCGCCAAGAAGAGUAACCUCAAGACCAAGAAUAAGGACGUCGCAGUCAAGGUGGGCCCGGUGCACAAGCUGCGUGCUACCCACACGGACGGCAAGCCCCUGUUGCUGGAUGUGCAAGUGGUGGGCAAGCCCGGGCCAAACGAGCCGGUCAUUGCCAUCCUGCGCCUGCACACCGCACCCAUGGCGCCGGUUGCUGCGGCCUACCCAGCCGCUGCGGCGCCCCCGCCGCCUUCGCGUGGCGGCGUGCUGCUGCCUGUGGCGGGCUUGAAGGAGCCGGCGGCCACGGUUGCGACUAAUUCGCCUCGGGGCGCCGCGAGCAUUAAGCGGCAGCCCUCGCUCGAUGACCUGAUGGAUAAGAUGGAGGCGGACGCAGCUAAUGCAGCAGCAGAGCAGGCAGCCGCCAUACCCAUGGUGAAGGAGCAGCGGACGAGCAUGGAGUCCUCGUCGAUUGGGCAGGUGCACACGCCGCCUGGAGUUGGAAGUGCGCGACGCAACGACUCGACAGUCCAGAAAGCGCUUGGCAGCCCAGCCAAGGCUGCUGACGCCAUAGGCGCUGAGGACGAGGUGCAGCAGCAGGUGCCGAUGCCGCCCAUGCCUGCCAUGCUGCUGGGAGGCGUGGGGGAUGGCGGGCUACCUGUGCCGGGCGUGACGGCCGCCGCGACCGGCCGCAACAAGCUGGCAGACCUGGUUAAGUCGGUGGGCGGCGAGCCACAGACGGGCUCGGGUGACGGUUCACUGCCACCAGCGCCGCGAGCCCGACCAGGCGCAACACGGCGCUCUGCUGGCGGCUCUUCCACCGUACUGCCACACACCGUCUUACCAGCGGCAGGGGAUGCAGGCAAGGAGCCGGACACAGCGAAGGGUGUUGACAUGCAGUCUCUGGAUGGUGAGGACGACAAGGACAACAAGGUCAUUGACGGCGGCGGCAAGCAGAAGGGAGCGGAGCGGAUCUCCACCUGGGUGGCCAGCCAGGGAGCCUUCUACCAGAACUCGGUGGCGGUGGAGGGAGGCGCAGCCAAGCAACAGAGCGACGAUGACGGUUCCGUCAAGGCGCCGAGCGAGGACGAGGCCAGUGACAUCCGCACCACCUACAGCGAUAUGGCAGCGGUCAUGAAGGGGGCUGCAGCGAAGGCGGCAGUGGCUGCCCAAACUGCUGGUGCGCAGAAGGCAGGUGGCAUGGGAGGCGGCCCGCCGGACUUGCCCUACGCGGAUGAUGAUGCGGGAAGUGAGGGCGGGCAGAGCGCCAUGUCGGCCCAGUCUUCCAGCGGCGGCGCGGAGUACAAGCGCGGCAAGAGGUUCCGCAAGCUGGUCAAGCUGAUGGACUCGGGACAGGCGCAGCAGGUGCAAAAGCGCUUCAAGCUGCAUGCGCUCAUCACUGUCGGCAUCCUCGCGGCUGUGCACGUGGUGUGCUUCGUGCUGACUCUCGCCUCGCUCCAGGAACAGCGCGCCAGCAUGCUGCAGCUGGGCCGCAGCGGCGAGGCCCAGAAAUUUAUGCACCAAGUAAUGACGGAUGUGCGCUCCCUGGAUACCAUCUCGAAGAACAAAACCCUGGAGAACCUCUUCACUGCCAAUGACACAGACCUCUUUGUCAACCGCAUUGCGACAAAUGCGGAGCAGAUCAAGCUGCGUCUGAACGAGAUCAUGAAUGGCCACCACUCAACCGACAGUCCGGUCAUGAGCUUGUUCUACUUCACUACGUACAGCGUGUGGAAUGGCUUGAACGCAGAUGGUACCGACACCAGAACCAAUCUCACAACUUGGGACUUCUCCACGCGCUUCUACUCCAUGGCCAAGUCGAUCAAUCAGCACUGCCACGAGUGGCUCAACGAGGGCAUCUUCAUUGCUGAUACAGACCCUGGGCAGUUCAUCCUCAAGUCUGGCCCCGACCUUUUCAGGGCCUCCAGACGCAUUUUGGACGCGCUGCUGUAUGCCGCUGUGGAUAACGCCAAGUCGGUCGACACCCUGCAGCUGGUGUUCCUGGCCGUGGAGGGUGCCGCCAUCAGCUGCGCCGCCGCCUGCUACCUGGCCUACCUGCUGCGGGCGGUGGCGGCGCAGCGGUACAAGCUGUAUGGCACAUUCCUGGUCAUACCCGUGGGCCUCACGCGCGCCCUGGCCUCUCAAAAUACCACGCUCCUCGUCGACGAGGAUGAGGACGAAGAUGAAGAAGAGGAAGAUGCAGAGCGGGCCGCUGUCACAAACAACAAUGGCGGCGGAGUUGGCAGUGAUGACGAAAACGAUGAGGCCGACAAGCAGCAGCAGAUCAAGCAAAAGCGGACGCUUGGCUUCUCUGCCGCCAUUGCGCCCAAUGCUGGUGCCGCCGCCACCAGGGCAAGCCCGCGGGGGAAGCCUUUCUCGCAGCGUCAAGGCACACGUGAGAGCGGGGCCUCUGGCGAGGGCGGUGGCGAUGCCCUGGCAGGUGAUGAUGACGGAAGGGCUGGCGGCGGCGCCAAGAAUCGACGUUCUUCAAGUGCACCCCUCAAUGGUUCCAUCCACAACCGUGGCGGCUGCUGGGCCUGGUUCCAGCGCCUUUUCUCCAGGACCAACCGCAGCGUGGCACCGCUGCCCACCACGCGCCCGGGCAGCAUUAACGGCCCUGGCGGCUGGGCCAUGACGGCGGGCCACCAGCAGCAGGCGCCUGCUGCCGGGCAGCCGGGCACACCGGCGGGCUCCAAGCGCACACUCAAGUACGACUCACACGACACCGCCAUCAUGCUGACGCCCUUCGUGGUGUGGAGCAUCCUGGUCAUCGCCUUCUACGCAACCGCUGUGGUCAAGAUGAAGGACGUCGUGGAGGUUGUGGCAAUCCACUCCGUGGUCAACUUCAUGAACGCCCGCACUUCCCGCGCAGUCUUCCUAGGCCAGGAGCUUGCCGUUAUCGAGGACCCCAAGGCGCUGCCCGCCAAGCGUGCGGCCCUGUCCGCGGGCGCAAAGCUGGUGCGCGACGCCUGGUACACACUGCAGCUCGGAGACCAGGCGUACCGGGCGGCAGGGAACGACACGGAGCGCUUCCCACUGGUGAAGUCCGGCCUGUCGUACGCCUCGCCCAAGCUGGCAGACCUAUUCUACGGCAGUGGCAGCUGCCACCGUGUAGCACCAGAAUACCUGCCGUGCCCCGGCCCCGAGUACCGCUUCUAUGAGAUCUCCCACACCGGCCUGGACUCCAUGAUGCAGCAGUUCUUGAUCAGUGUGACCGCCAUGGCCACCAACACCAGUGGAAUGCCCGAGGGCAUGAGGGACGAGCACUUUGACUACGUGUAUAACGUGGCUUACAAGGACCUGAUUGACGGCACGGUUGAGGUUAAGCAGGCACACUAUGAUACGAUCAUCGCUAUGUUUGACAGAAUCAUGCUCCUUCACAUCGUCCUCUUCCUGAUGCUGUGGGUCAUCUUCGCGGGCUUUCUGUUCAUCCUGCUGAACCCGCUCCUCAAGCGCGUGUCGAAGGAGCGGCGGCGCAUCGCGGAGCUGAUGAGUCAGCUGCCACUGGAGCUGGACGUCGAGAAGCUGGUGGGCCGGGCGCUGGGCGCGGGCGCACCGGCGGCCGGCAAUGCGGGCGGCGCGGGCUCAGGCGCCCCGUCCGGAGCAGGGCAUGGCGGUGGUGGGGGCGGAGGCGGCCUCUUUGGGGCUGGUGGAAACAAUGGCGGCGGUCCUGCUGGCCAGGGUGACCAGGGCGCGGACGCCACCAACAAGUGGAAGGCCAUUAUCAAGUCGGCGAGCGUCAGUCUCAAGGGCAACAAGCAGGCCAGCGCGGACAUGUCGGCAGCUCAGCCGUUCUAGCCACAUAGCAUCAUGGCGCAUCCGGGCAACGCUCAAGAAUACGGUGCGGUGCCCUUGUGUUAAUACAAGGACCCAACGGCAUGAUAAUAUUAGCAUGUGUCGUGUCGUCUCGUGCAUGUGAUAAAAGCUGCGGAAAUGCUCAAUGCUGAGCGGUGGUGGUGGUGGCAUGAAUGCCACAAUGGUAGCCUUUGUCGUCUAAGCUUGUGCGUGCCUGAUAAAAUGUACAACUAACUGCUAAAUGCACUGUGUGGAUUGCUGCGAGUUGUGAUGGUGCCGUUGACGGCACGUGCCUUCCGUGCCCUUCAUACUUGAUAAGACUGUGACCUGACUUUCUUUGCGGCACCAGACAAUCAUGAGUUUAAGAAGCUUGCAUGGGUCUGCUCAUUAAGUACUCCACAUGUAGUCAGUACGUGAACGAAUUGUUUGGGGGUUUGAGGGGGGCGUCAAUGCAGAAGAGAUGAGCGAGUGAGAAGGAGAGACGAGCAUAGUUUCAAUCUUGUCAACACUAACAGUUGUGAAGGAAAGCGUCCUUUGAGGUUUCGGAAGCACGGCUUAUGAUGCGUGGGUAUCAACAUGCAUUUGUAGGCGAAGCGCAACAAUCAGAUACCGUACUGCUAAAAAUUAUUCGUGCUCUGAAUUUUCGGGAGGGGGGUAAAAAAUAGCUGGAAUCAGGACGAAAUUAUUAAUUUUCGGGACGGGACCGGGACCUGCAAGCGGUUGUGACACAAAUUUUUGGGCUGAGCCCCCCGAGCGAAGCGAUCCAGGGGGGGGCGAAGCCCCCCAGGAUUGCCCCUGUCCGUGCCUGCCUGCCUGUGUCGACAAAAAGUACCAUACUGGCACAAACCGCGAGCGCCACGUAUUAUUAAUUGCUAUUCCCUAUUGUAGAAAAAUAGGCGGCAGGGAAAACUCGGCCGGAGCGAGAAGCGACCUCGCGAGUCCAUGGACAUCUUGACUUUCUUCAGUCCGCGAGUACAGCUCUCGGGCCCUGAAUAUCUUACAUCCAUGUAUCAAAAUAUGUCGACGACAAGCGUCUUGGGGCAAGAAUGUCGAAAGUUUGUGCAACAGCCGAACCAUGCGUGCCGAUCCCGCCUUAAUUAUGUCGCGGCCCCGGAUCACGCGCCCGAGCCCCACUAGCCGUUUGUGGUCCUUGUGAGGGAUUUGGAAUGAGGUAUCACGGGCUCAUGUGUGGAGUGGCGUGGACAGGGCGUGGCGGUGCCUUUGGUAUGCCCCUUAGCCAGUCCCGCUGGGCUUGCAAGGGUGCUGUUUAUGUCGCCGGUACCCAUCGUCACAUCCCUUGCUCUAGGGGCUCAGCCCAUUUUCCAGCUGUACAAAGCUGACACCCCUUGUCGGGGACAACGGGGCUCCGGCGGGAAAGGCCCUGCAGUCUCCCCUAUACCACCACGUGUAACCAUGCACACCUAUGAACACGCAGAACCCUCCCUAACGUACUAAGCCGUGCACUCUCUUCGUGUUCCUCUCUAUUCGUGUUCCGCAUUAGCCGUGCCUCAACCCCACACGUACCGUACUUGAAAGCACACGUCUAGCCGCACACACAUGCUUACCGGUAUCCCCCCGGUGUCCUUACCACAUGCUUACCCAUAUCAGAAAAUACUAAGAUAAGAUCGUGUGUAUGGCACGCGAGGCACGCCCGCCCGCGCGCCCGCGCCCUUUUACGGGGCAGGUGCGGUUGGCACAAAUUUUCGGGAUGGGACCCCCUAAGAAUAGGCGCUAAAUAGUUCGGUUCCAUAUUUCGGGACCCCCAACCGAAAUAUGAAGCACGAAUAAUUUUUAGCAGUACGGUACCCCACGGAUGCAUUGUGAAGACGCACUAUGAACGUGUAUGGGGGGUUGAUUGCAUUCGUGGGUUCUGAAGUUACCAAUUUCACGGAGGCGGGGUGGGACUGUGCCGGCAUGAUGGCGCAUGAUGUAUGUGACGCGGAGGUGGCGAGAAGCGGCGCCGGUGCGCAGGAUACUACCUGCCGGUGCUGGUUUGUUGUCUUUGCUGGCGAGCAUUGCAUAGCUAGCAUGUAUGUGGUUGUCCCCUGCCUGCUGUGCUUGUAUCCACCGCCCCCGGCUAUAUGGGGCAGGUCACGCAAAAAGUGGCGUGAGCACAGCCCUUUCUUUACUUGAGGAGAGCCACCUUCCUUGUCGAGUUGAGCGAGGGGCAGUGAUGGCAUAUCACCACGGGGGGUAGAAAACAGAGUGCCAGACCCCAUGCCCCGAAAUCCCGGCCGGGACUCCCCUUGAGGGGACGACCGACCCCCCCACGGACAAACCCUUGUUGUUUAGUGGAUUAAUCCCUCCAUGUAAUACCAAAGUGGC